AUGGCUGCCGAACCGUCAGAAGAAGCCAUCGCGAACUUCGUGAGCUUCACAAGUACAUCGCGCGAACACGCGUUAGCGUUUCUAAAAGCCAACGACCUCAACUCGAAUAAAGCGAUCAACGCAUACUUUGAAGAUCCAACUCCGCCUAAGAUAGAGGUGAUUCUUCAACACUCUCGGGACGAUCACAGACAUUAA